CGACAGCCAGAUGUCCCACAAAGAGAGGAAAUGGUGCAAAUGUGAACUAUGCAUCUACAAGAUAGACCCUCUGAUGCUGCUGCCGGCGGAAUCUACUGCGCGAGGGACACGUCUUCCAGAUACAGUUCAGAAUGAAUAACGUCAACUGUUGUCCCAACAACACCAACAGCAGUGAUUGUGCAGACGUGCUUCAGGGUUUGGGUUACAGCGUUGUGUUUCUCCUGGGUUUUCUCGUCAAUGCAGCUGCUCUGUGGGCCUUCAUUGGCAAACGGAAGUCUUGGACAGACACACACAUCUACAUGUUGAACCUGGCCAUAGCCGACUCCCUCUUGGUGAUCUUCCUUCCCUUCAGGAUCUAUGACUCCUUCUUCUGCCUGCCAAAGACCGGACUGUGUACUUUCCUCAUUCUUCUACACUUCACCAACAUGUAUGCCAGCAUUGGGACCACGACGGCAAUCAGUGUGCAGCGCUACCUGGCUGUCAGGUUCCCAAUGCAGGCCAGACUAUGGAAGAGGAAGAAAGAGGCGGCUUUUGUUGUGUGUUUAGUCCUCUGGGUUGUUUUAUUGAUCAUGUGUGUUGUUUUCCGAGAGGAAAACUAUCCCGAGAGGCUGUGGACAUGCUUUGACAGGUGUAAAGAUCAACCACUGAGUCUCAAGUUUGUUUUGCUUCUUGUAGUUUUUGGUUUCUUCAUUCCGUUGUUGGUUGUUGUGUUUUGUUCCAGUCGGAUCAUCUGUGUUCUGGCAAAAGCAGAUGACAAAACGGACGAAAAGAGAAACAUUGUAAACAUUGUAACAGCAAACAUGAUUGUUUUCAUCAUCUGCUACACACCUAUCCAUGUUGCUUUUCUUGUAAAUUUUUUUAAUCAUAAACUUGAAAAGUGGGAAUGUAAAUAUAUACCUGCACAUGUAUUUUUACUUGUCUCUGAAUGGAUCGCCUCCACAAACUGCUGCUUUGAUUCCAUCAGCUAUUACUUUCUGUUGAAAGGGUUUUUUUCAGAAAGGACAUGAUGUUGUCUGUCAAAACUGAAUUUGUGAUCAUUUUUUUUUAGGACGAGUUUUAAUUUCUAAAGUGUUACUCCACAGAUUUCAUGUGCUUUUUUCUUCUUCUUCUUGCUCGCUCUGGAUGUGGUUCUGCGAAAGCGUUUGGUCUCUUGAGAUCUAAAGAAGGAACAAUUGCAAAUAAGGAAUAUGAUUUUGGAAACAUUGGACAGUUUGAAAUUGUUAAGAACUCAUCUUCAUUUAGAACACAUCAGCCAUGCUGCAAUUAUGAGCUUUGUACUUGUAAGUUGUUUCUUUAAAAAACUUGGUACAUCCAACCUGCAGUAAAACAGUGAAUUCUCUGAGUCUUCUCAUCUUUUUUUUUUUUUAAAUGAUACACAAGGCCAAUAUUUCAUUUUUUUCUAUUGUACUCUUUUCAAGAUUAGUAUUAUGCAAAUAAGACUGUAACAUCAUUCAAUAAAUAAAAACCAACCACAAUUCAUACUAGCAUUUACAAUCUUGAAUCUUCCAAUUUGAAAUCUUAAAUUUGAGAAUAAUUGUCACUAUUCUCACUCUUAUAUGCAAUGAAAAUAAUUAAUGGCCUUAUGAGCUGAAAAUAUCCAAUCAGACAUGUCCACAAAGUUGUAAUGAUUUGAGCUCCUAACAUGAAGUAAAAAAAAGGAGAGUCAAGGAUGAAGCUGAAAUAAGUGGUGGAUAUAUUUUAAGUUGUGUGGAGUAUUGUUGUUUCAUUACAGUAAUUUGAACAAAAAAGUUCAUUUUGGAAAUUAAUCAAAUGAAACACAGUGGUGUUCGAGCAGGAGUUUGCAGGUUUGAAUCCCACAGCUGACGGGUUACCUGUGACUGCUGGAGCGGCCCGAUGUGAGAGCAGCUCUGUAGGUCAAUGCAACAAAACCCUAACAGAAUCAAGUCUUUAUUUCUUAAAUAUUAAAUUCACACUUGUCAUUUCAUGUAUCAUUGCCACGGGUGGUCUGCGGGCCGCGUGUUGCACCUGUAUAUGCAUUCUCUGAAGCCCACUGAGCGAUGGCUAAAGAUAAUCAUGAUGAUAGGUGAAGAUGAUCUUUAAACCAUAACUCAACCAGAUCUCCACAGCAAAUAGUUAUUAUGUGCAAUUAAAGUGAGGCUGUUGGUAUGCAUGGACAGUAACUUCAUGAAUCUAAAUUUGAACUAAAUAUCUAUUCAUUUUCAUUGAAUUACUAGAUGUUUUUCGAUAUUUGAUAGAAUUUGACAUAUAACAUUAUGCCUGUUAACUGUUUUUAUUUUUACCAACCAAUGUAACAUCUUGAAGCCCUCUGAGGCAACUGUUGUUGUGAUACUGGGCUAUACAAAAAUAAAUUGAUUGAUUGAUUGACUGAUA